CAGAGUUUGGGAGCUCCUUUCUGCCGACCAGCUCGUCUUCUUUGACAGCCGACACACUGGCGCAGAGUCGGACAAACCUUUAACCUUUGUAGUUUUCUGCCAUAAAGCGAGAAUAUCAAAGCGACCCUUUCUUCUCAUCCUUUUCCGGAAGAAAAAGCGCUGGAGCGGCCUCGUCUAGAAUGGGGAACCGAGACGACGAAUACGAUUUCUUGUUCAAAGUUGUGUUAAUUGGAGACUCGGGCGUAGGGAAGAGUAACCUGCUCUCUCGAUUCACACGAAACGAGUUCAACCUUGAGAGCAAAAGCACCAUCGGGGUGGAGUUUGCCACACGCAGCAUUCAGGUGGACGGCAAGACGAUAAAGGCUCAGAUCUGGGAUACAGCCGGACAGGAACGCUACAGAGCCAUCACUUCAGCAUACUACAGAGGAGCAGUGGGGGCGUUGUUAGUGUACGACAUAGCCAAACACCUGACCUACGAGAACGUGGAGCGCUGGCUGAAAGAGCUGAGGGACCACGCUGACAACAACAUCGUCAUCAUGCUGGUUGGCAACAAAAGUGACCUGCGUCACCUCAGGGCCGUGCCUACGGAUGAAGCCCGGGCCUUCGCAGAGAAGAACAAUCUGUCCUUUAUAGAAACUUCAGCCUUGGACUCAACAAACGUGGAAGAGGCCUUCAAAAAUAUCCUUACAGAAAUAUAUCGCAUUGUGUCGCAGAAGCAGAUUGCUGAGCGGUCUGCCCACGACGAGUCCCCAGGAAACAACGUGGUGGACAUCAGCGUUCCACCGACCACAGACGGCCAGAGGGGGAGCAAACUGCAGUGCUGUCAGAACCUGUAAAGCAUGGCAAUAGUCCCUCACCUGGGUCAAUUAUUAAUUGAAAUCCACAGUGUUGAAAUGGUUUCAUCUGUCCCUGGGAGCAACAUUAUCUGAAUCUGCACUUUUUAAAUCAGUGGAGGCAAUUCUAAGACGCCACGAAUAAUCAAUCCCAGAGAGAAGAGUUGGAUUUCGAGUAGUAAUCUGACCCAGGUACAGUCAGCUACAUUCUGGUACAAAAACAGGACUGAGGGUACAACAUAAGCAGCUACCACAGUGUAGCAGAAUAACCUUGUUGGAGACCUGGAAAGUCUGGACCUUUCUUUGGUUAUAGCCACAAACUGGAGCGGACUGGGCUGUAAAUCCUGUCACUUCCGCUGGUACCUGCAGUCCUGUUUUUGGGCUUCUCUCUGCCUACUUUAGUCAUCUCAAAAAAAAAAAGUGGUUGUGAUGCUGCUGACGCUUCAUUUUGUGUAAAAUAUAUUCUUUGUUUUGUUUUGAAAGCUUGUCUGCUCACAUACAUUAUAUU